UCUUUCAAUAGAGAGAAUAUUUUGUACCUACUACCUAGUCAACGGUCAAACCUCCUAUUCACUACCACACUACGAGUGUGGUUUUCGGCUUUUCGCUUUCACUUGUCACUCUUAUUCAGUUCUUCUGUAAUCUGUACUUCAUCUUUCAAUAUUCUUCAAAAAAAAAAGAGACACGUAAAAAGGGAAGAUGGGUUUUUGGUAGUGUUUGAAAACUGUGAAGUCAAGACAAAGAAUGAAGGAGAAAGAAGGUGUGAAUUUUUUGUUUAGAGAAGUACAAAUGGAUUGCAAGAAGAGGAGAAGGACAUUGGAGAAGAAUAAGGACCUUGCAACUGCUAAUGAAGAAAGUUCAAUUGAUUCUUACAACACCCUUGCAAGACACAUGGUGGAACCAUCUAGUUCAAGGAGUGGUAAUAGAAAAAAAGGACUGGAGCCACUCUGCGAAGAUGUAUACAUUAGUGUGAAGAGUCCUGUACCAGAGGAAGAUGACACUUUUAUUUCAGAAGAUUACAAGUAUUGGUUGGAUUAUGUUUACGUUCCUGAGGAAGACGAGGAGGAUGAUGGUGAUAGCUUAUUGGUUAAUGUGGCUGAGGAACCCCUGAUUGGAGAUGUGGCUGAGGAUCCCCAAUACAAAUUAUUUUUGGAUCAUGUGAAGGCUCGUGGAACAUGCUAUGCAAUUGAGAUCCCUGAGCAAAAUAUUUAUAUAGAAUACCCUGAUGUGGCUCUUACUGUGGCUUAUGAGGCACAAAAUAAUAUUGGUAACUAUAGUGGGAAGCGCAGGGGUAGGAAACCAAAAAAUUUGAGACAAAUAAUUGAGGAUUCUCAUGUUGUGUCUGCAAAGGCACAAAAUAAUGUUGGUGAAUAUAGUGGGAAGCGCAGGGGUAGGAAACCAAAAAAUUUGAGACAAAUAAUUGAGGAUUCUCAUGUUGUGUCUCCGAAGGCACAAAAUAAUGUUGGUGACUACAGCCAGAAGCGCAGGGGUAGGAAACCAAAAUAUUUAGGACAAAUGGUUAAGGAUACUCAUGAUGUAUCCCCAAAGGCACAAAAUCAUGUGGGUGAGUGCAAGGGCAGGGGUAGGGGUAGGAAACCAAAAGAUUCAGGACUAGUCGUGGUUAAGGAUUUUCAUGCUGUGUCUCAAAAAGCACAAAAUUAUGUUGGUAAGCGCAGGGGUAGGAAACCAAAUGGUUUGGGAAAACAUGCUGUCAAGGAUACCAAUGGCAAUGGCAAUGCCAAUGUUGUGGACGUUUCUAAGGCACAAAACAAUGAUGGUAAAUAUAGCGGUAAGCGCCGGGUAGGAAACCAAAAGAAUUGAGAAACGAUGCAAUUAAGGACUCUAAUGGUAGCUGCAAUGGCGGGGCUUCAGAGGCAAAGAAGAAUGAUGGUAAUGACAAGGGUACACUCAAAGGUGAGACACCACAAAAGAAUGAUCACAUAGCAAAGGGUGAUCACAUUCACCCUCCAUCUGGCAUAGAAAUAAAGGUAAAGGAGGAGAUUGAAGAGGAUGAUGAUGAUUCACUCUGCAAAAGAAGGCGAACGGUUCCAAGUUUGAAUUUGGAACAUUAUUGGCAUGAUGACAAAGCCAAUGCAAUGAAAUACACAAAGUACAGAGAAAAACUCAUGCAAGAGCUGGAGAAGCCUUACUGUGAGGAAGAGUAUAAGAGGCUUUUUAAAUAUAUGAAACAUAAAAAGCUAGUCGAAUACCAUAAAGAGCAUCGCAGCGGCCCUAGGACCUGUAAGAGAAAUUAUCUUGGGAAAUCUCUUCUUAAUCAUCAUGUUGAUCUGAACAAAAAACUAAAAUCAGUUCGUGGUGAUUAUCCUAAACGUCUGACCCUCUUACGUGGAUUUGUUUUUUGGUUGACGCAUUGUGCGGAUGAUGAGGCGUUCAAGCCAUGGAUCUAUCCUGAAUAUUGUAAGCCGGCACCUAAGGUGUAAGAAGUUUUAUCUGAUGUAUAUGGUGGCGCCUCAGAAAGAGUGAAGGUUUUAAGAGCUAGUUUGUUAACUUUAUCAGUUAUUUAGUUAACUUGAUCUAGAAGUUUCAUAUAAUUUAGUUAACUUGAUCUAGAAGUUUCAUAUACAUGUACUUAUGUAUGUAUAUAGAACACUAACAGUAGCUUUGGUAGAAGAUGAGAUUAUCAUUCAUACUUCUAAUACACUUCAAACAUUCCGAUUUAUUGCUCUUGUGCUCUUCCUUCCAUUAGGUUCAUAACAUUUUCAUAGGAUCAAUGAUUUUUUAUUUCAUAA